AUGGGUUGCACAGAUUCCAAGCCGGUGGCCAAGCCGGCCAAGGCCUCCAAGACGGCGAAGGCACCAAAGAAGGCACCCGUGGCGGCGCCGGUCCCGACGGAGCCGGUCCAUCCGGGGCCGGUCGCGACGGAGCCGGAGCCGGUCCAGGCGGCGGAGCCGGCCGAGGCGGCGGAGGCGGCCGAGCCGGAGUCCACGGAGCUGCCGGCGGAGGCGCCAGUGACGGACGAUGGAGAAGGCCAGACAAGCGCUGGCGCAGCUGCGGUAGCUGCGGUGGACCUGGAGCUCGAGGCUGAGCUGCCUGUGAUCCCCGAGGGCAGUCUUGGCAUGAAAGCAGAGGGCUUGGAGGAGUCUGAGACGACGGCCGAGCCCAAGGACGAGGAGUCUCCACGACUCUUUGGUCGCCUGAAGGUAGAGGCAGCUCCUGACGUUGCUCGAGGGCCCUGCGUGUGCACCAACUUCUGGUAA